AUGGCUGGUGGUCACGAUAGCUCCCUUGGAGCCGUUGCCGAGCUGCGGCAGCAGGCCGGGGGCAAGUACACCGGUGUCCGGGCCUUAUGGUCCAAUAUCAGCGUCCUCUUCAUUGCUCUCUUUGCUUCUUUUGGCGGCCUUCUCUAUGGGUACCAGCAGGGUGUGCUCGGCCAGGCUCUUGUUAUGUCGAGCUUCCAGAAGUCGUUCCCCGAUAUUGCUAACAGCUCGGGUGCCCAGGGCUGGUUGACCUCGAUUCUCCAGCUCGGCGGUUGGGUGGGAGCGCUCUCGGCUGGCGUCUUGUGCGAAGUCUUCUCUCGCAAGCACACCAUUUUCGGUGGCUCCGUCUGGGUUAUCCUCGGUUCCUACUUGACAGCAGGGGCGCGCAGUGCAGGCUUCCUGUACGCCGGUCGCUUCUUCACGGGCCUUGGUGUCGGCACUCUCUCAGCUACAGGACCUCUAUACAAUGCAGAACUGGCACCCCCGGAAAUUCGCGGUCUUCUUGUGGCGAUGCAACAGCUGGCGACCACCCUAGGCAUCAUGAGUGCCUAUUGGAUCUGCUACGGCACAAACUAUAUUGGCGGUACCGGUGACGGCCAGUCUAAUAUGGCUUGGCGCCUUCCGCUAAUUAUCCAGGGCCUGCCCGCUAUCGUUUUAGCCAUUGGCGUAUGGUUCCUGCCGUACUCACCCCGUCUCCUGGUCAAUCGGGGGCGUGAUGACGAUGCGCUUCACACACUUAGCCGACUCCGGCGGCUGCCUCCAGACGACAGACUGGUCCAGAUCGAGUUCCUGGAGAUCAAAGCGGAAAGCGUGUUCGAGUCGCGGAACCUAGACAAGAAGUUCUCGCACCUAGCGUCCAAGGCCGGAGGCAACCGUUUGCUACGCGAGUUUGCUCAGUACUCACUCAUCUUCCGCAGCAAGGACUCGUUCAAACGCGUUGCUCUGGGCGGCCUCGUCAUGUUUUUCCAGCAGUGGAGCGGCAUUGAUUCAAUCAUCUACUAUGCGCCCAUCGUCUUCCAGGAUCUCGGUCUGACGAACAGCACAGUCUCGCUGCUAGCGACUGGCGUCGUCGGUAUCAUCAAUGUCGUGACGACCAUUCCGGCCAUCUUCAUCAUCGACCGCGUAGGCCGCAAGCCUCUGCUGAUCUGCGGGUCCACGGGCAUGUUUCUCUGCCAGCUAAUUACGGGUAUCCUCGUCGCCAAGUUCCAGGCCAACUGGCCCGCGCACACGGCCGGCGGCUGGGCCGCGGUGGUCAUGAUCUGGCUAUACAUCUUCAAUUUUGCCUACAGCUGGGGGCCUGCGUCGUGGACGCUGAUCGCCGAAAUCUUCCCGCUGUCUAUUCGUGCCAAAGGCACGUCCAUCAGCGCUUCGUCCAACUGGAUGAACAACUUCAUUAUCGCCUUCAUCACCCCGCCAAUGCUGUCAUCCAUCUCCUGGGGUACUUAUAUCUUCUUCUGUGUUUGGUGCGCCCUUGGCGGGCUCUUCAUCCUCUUCUUCUUUCCCGAGACCAAGGGCAAGACUCUCGAGGAGAUGGACAUUGUGUUUGGCGCCACAACCAGUAGCGACGACACGGCGGCUCUCGCGGCGAUACAGGAUGAGAUCGGUCUUACGGCGAUACUUCAUGGACAUAAUGGGAGUACCAAGGCAGACGAGGUCCCUAGUCAGGAGCACGCCGAUUUCGGAGUUUAA